GUCUCCCGCGGACAGGCUGCACUCCGCGGCGCAUAAAAGGUGCCCAAAUGAACCGCCGCCCUCCCGGAUCCUCCGGCGUGCAAUGGCUUAACAGGAGAGACAUGAGUGUCCGGACGGAGGACAGCAUCACCUUGUGCCAAAGGGCUCUCCAAAUCGUUACGGAACUUUGUCUCACGGGACACGUAGACCGGGAGAAAUGUUCGGAUAUAUUUCCCCUGGAGAGCAGCAUACCAGGUAAAGGACACGCAGACAUCUCUAUUAGUCUCCUUGCUGUGGUCGUAGGUUUCUGUGGCCUCGCCCUGUUGGUAGUCUCUCUCUUUGUCUUUUGGAAGCUGUGCUGGCCUAUUUGGAGGAGCAAGGCUCUGUCAGCCCACGCUGAAAAUGGUCUCCAUGUGGGUUUCCCCGAGGCGCCUCCACCCAAUUCCCCCGCCGAGAGUAAAGUGGCGGAGGUUGAGAAGAAGUACCCGCUGGAAGUUAAGGUGAAUGGACGGAGCUCGGUCAAGCUCCUGGAGGCGGCCAUGAAGAUCAGCCAGACGUCUCCUGACAUCCCUGCCGAGGUGCAAACAGCUCUGAAGGAGAAGCUCAACCAGCAAGCUAAAAUCCAGAGGCAGACCACAGAACCAACCUCCUCCUCCAGGCACAAUUCAUUCCGGCGCCACCUGCCUCGUCAGAUGAAUGUCACCAGUGUUGACUUCAGCAUGGACACAGUGCCUCUCCGACAGUCUUCUACAGUGAGCAUCGGAAGGAUAAAACCCGAACUCUACAAGCAGAAGUCUGUGGACUCAGAGGGCGAGGCCAAAGAGCCCGUGGAGACUUGCGGAAAGCUGAGCUUCUCGCUGCGCUACGACUACGAGGAGCAGGCUUUGGUGGUGAGAAUCCUCAAGGCCUUAGACCUGCCCGCCAAGGACUUCACGGGCACCUCUGACCCAUACGUGAAGAUCUACCUGCUGCCAGAGAGGAAGAAGAAGUUCCAGACUCGUGUCCACCGCAAGAACCUGAACCCCAUGUUUGACGAGACCUUCUGUUUCCCUGUGGCCUACGAUGAGAUUUGCAACCGCAAGCUACACUUCAGCGUCUACGACUUUGACCGCUUCACCAGCCACGAUAUGAUUGGCGAAGUGGUGGUGGACAACCUCUUUGAACUCUCUGAUCUUUCCAGGGAGGCGGUGGUGUGGAAGGAUAUUCACGCCGCAACUACAGAGAGCAUUGACCUGGGGGAGAUCAUGUACUCGUUGUGCUACCUGCCCACAGCGGGGAGAAUGACCCUGACAGUCAUCAAAUGCAGAAACCUCAAAGCCAUGGACAUCACAGGCUCUUCAGAUCCGUACGUGAAGGUUUACCUGAUAUGUGACGGACGGAGGUUAAAGAAGCGAAAAACAACCACCAAAAAAAGCACACUUAACCCAGUGUACAACGAGGCCAUCAUCUUCGACAUUCCCCCCGAGAACGUCGAACAAGUCAGUUUGUCCAUCAUGGUGAUGGAUUACGAUCGGGUUGGACACAAUGAGGUAAUUGGUGUGUGUCGUGCCGGGCCAGACGCUGAGGGCCUUGGACGAGAUCACUGGAAUGAGAUGUUGGCUUAUCCACGGAAGCCCAUCACACACUGGCAUGCUCUGGGAGAGGUACAGAUAUGUUGCCUUCUUCUCUUGCAGUGGCCUGGACGAGCAGCAAGCUUUGAGAGUCAAGGUUCGUGUCCUUCACCUAAACCUCCGCAGACACCCUGAUGACCACAGGUACAGCGAUAACAACACCUCUGUAAGAAAACAGACGUUUGUGUAAAGAAGCUGUGUUGCCUAUGAGUCUCUUGUGAGCAUGUUAUAUGAAAACUGAGUUCAUUCCAACACGUUUCUUAUAUGUUUAUAAAAACAAGGUUGUAUUGAAAUCACUUUUGUUCACUCAUUCAAACUCCAGUUCUUCGAGUGCUCUACAGAGCUGGCUAUGCACAGCACUAACUGUCAUUCAGUUCAACGGCUUGUUUUUCGUACCUCUGCUUUGAAAGUAUCGGGAAGACUUUAUUUGCCAAACAUUUACACAGACCACAUGAAUGGUAGGCCUCGCUGCAAAAAGUCCUAAGUGAUCCACUUGCUGUAUCAACUAGCUGUAUCAACCUUUUCGAUAUGUUGAGCAACAUUUUCCUGACCCUAGAGCUCUUUAGCGAGUUAGCAUUUUACUUUGAAAUGGCACAAAGUUAAAGGGCUAAGCUGCUCAGUGCCAUGAAAACAUUUACUUGAUAGAAAACACAGUCAAUAAAUCCAGUGAGUCGUGAUCCAGGUUUUUGGCUGAAGAAGAAUGCAGGUAAUUGAGCGUUUCCAAGGGCUGGGUAAAGUUCUCAGAAAAUUCAUCAGUCAUAGAUGUGAAACCGGCCAUUAACCAGCCAUUGUUACCUGCAGACAUUAGAAUAUUCAGCAGGUCUCUCUGAUUUAGAGAAACCGUAGCAGAUACAUGUAGCAAACAUAUGUGAGAACAGAUAAACAACACAAAAUUAUCAAAGUGUGUUUGAAAGAACUAUACAAUUAAUCUGUUCCCAAAAACCUUGCAAGACUUUAGAAAUAACAAUCUGAUUUUUAUUUUUGUACACUCCAGACUGAUUUCAGCAGAAUAUAGGAAGUAGUUAAUCCUCUUUUUACUCCUACUAAAAAUAAUUAAACUGUUGUUUACACUGCAAAUGUCCCUCAUGUUGCAACUCAAAGGUGACGUAAUGCUAAUAAACAAUCGUACGUUGGUU